UGUGUACAUUGUUGGUUCCGUGAACGUCAAAUGCCGUAAGUGAGUUGUAAAAACGCUGGUUGAAAUACUGGAGCUGUUGUAGACAGUUUCGCUUGGAUACCUUUCAGCGGUUAUCAUGUCCCUGACAGUGCUGUCCAACCACAAGGAAGUAGAAAAUCUACUGAAUCCACAGUCAGUAGAAAACUGGGAGAUACAUUCAAAUCUUAAUCUGCCAAAACUAGUCUCAGUCCUCAAGAAAUUUGCUUUUCAUCUGGAAGAACUGAACCAGAAUAAUAUCUUGCAUCAUGAAAUAGUUCAACUUUCUCCCUUAUUUCUUAAGUUGUUUGGUGAUGAUUUUGUAAACCACUCCAGCAGAAAAGUGAAAGUGCUUGUUGCUGCAUGUAUUGCAUACUUGUUACCAGGAUGUAUUCAGAUGCUCACAUCUUCAGAUCAUUUUAUGGCUGUGCUGUCAUUUCUUGGCGAACAAUUGGACAUUCUAUAUCACAAAGAAGCACCUGAAUUUGAACAUGCAUUCCACAUCCUAGAAAUUUUGUAUAGUAUGGAAACAACAUAUAUUUCAUGUCUUUCAUCAGUACAAAAGAACUCAUUCUGCAAGUGGAUGUUGCAGAAAUGUUUCAGUUUGGCAAACAUUAAUGGUGAUGGAGCUUCAAAGCAGUUACACAGAUUGCUGCUGAAGAUCAGUCAGAAGCUUGUAACUUGCAUGAUAAAUGAAGGAAGUUUCUCAAAAGAAUGUCUUCACUACAUCCUUGUGGCUCUUUUGGAAGAGACUGAGCCUGAUAGCAGUGGCAGUUAUAACCUAGCAAAAGAAUUGUUAUUUGCCAAUAGACGCUACUUGGAAACGCAGAUACGGAAUGUUUUGGUGAAACGUCUACAUGAUGGUCCAAGUGAAGGUAGCACAUUAGUCAUGGACACCAAACCUUUUGAGAUUAUUUACAAAGUAUAUCACAUAGAUAGCAUGAUAAUGCUUGGAGUCAUUAACAGUUUAGAAUACUGCCUAUCUUCUUCUGAUGAAAGUGAAAGAAGAGAAGUGUUGGAGUUUCUGUGUUGUUUUUUCUCAGAACAGCAUUCAAGUGUUGCUUCAGACUAUAAGAAACUGUGGAAUGCUUUUCUUUUGAAGCUACGAGCUGAAGAAAUGGCUGGAGAUGUUGUGUGUAAGCACACAUACAAUUUUCUUGUGAAUCAUCCCGAACUAAGUUCGGAUUAUAAAUGUGUGCUCAAAAAAUUAAUUCGUACCAAAAGACCAAGUUUACGCAAGGAGCUGCUGUUCCAGAUAACAAAAGCAAUACUCCAUGAGAGCAGCUUAAUCUUGCAUGAUGAUCAGUUGCUGCAGUUAAUGGCAGAACGCAUAAGGACAGAUUUUGUCGAUGUACGUUUGUGUGCGCUGAGAUGUUUAGGACUGAUAUGCAGGAAAUACCCUGCUGCUGUCUGUCCUGUUCUCAAAGAAAGGAUUAUUUGGCUACACAAUUUUUUACUGGAACAUUACAUUAAUAGUAAUUCCUGCAAUAGUGAUAGGGCAACGAUAAAGCAGUUACUGUUUACUGCUAUGGUCCCAAAGGAUGUAGUUAAUGAAGAGAAGAUAAUAUUACUGCAGAAAAUUUGGUUGAAAAUGUCUGAAAAAGCCCGGAAAGCUUUUCAUGAAAUGGGAGAGAGAGAUUUCAGGUUGAGAAAAUGGACACUGAUGAUGGUUGAGCACAUUAAAACUGGUGAUGAUAAAACUGAAGAAAUUACCAAAUGCAUAAACAGAAUAUCAGGAGAGCUCUUGGAUGGAGGAAAAUCUGAAGGCUGUUUAAGAUAUCUAGUUGACAUUAUCCGAAAAGAUAAAAGGUGCCAGGAACUUAUAGAAGUAAUACUAAUGCCGUCUUCCACUCAGGAGGAACUCAAUUCUUCUAAGAUGCUGAUAAAAUGCAUUGCAGACGCAGUUUUUUCUGAAAAUGGGCUUGAUGCUGAGAUCUGCAGUAAAAUAAAGGAUUCAUUGCUCUUUGUACAGGAACUUGUGAAUUCUUGCCCACACACAAUCUUCAGUCAAGAGGCUCUUAACUCCUUAAUGUCAGUGAUAUAUGAAGAAAAUGGGCAAUUCUCAGAAAAUAUCCUGUUGAUAUUUAAGACUGCUGCAAAAUUUAGACCCAUUGGUGAGGUCUUCCACCAGCUAUUUGAAGAAAAGCUUUUAUAUCAUUGGCGGAGGUUUGUUCUGAAGGGAGACUUGCAACAGGCCAAAUUAGCUCUGCAGUGCAUAUUGAAACAUGCUGGAGCUGCUGUGGAUAAUGUUCCUAAAUUAGUGCUUGGAGAUCUGAAAAAGCAGCUUAGAAGUACUGACAGAAAAAAAUGUGUCAUAGCCAUGAAGUUGUCGGGUCACUUAACUUCCCUUUGGUGCUCUGAAGAGGCCGCACAUCUUAUAUCAUUACUAAAGUUGCCUGAAGUUAUCAGAUGCCAACCAGAAGAAGAUGAUUUUGCUGAAGCUUGGUGUGAAAGGAGUGCCCUUCCUUUCAGAACAUUGGCUAAGAUUGUAGCAGUGAAAACAUUAACACUGUAUCACAUGUCAGUGGCAAGUGAAAGUGUUGAAGAAUUCCUUUCCUUACUUUGUGAAGUAGUUGAUAAACGUGGCAAUAUAUCUGAAGACAUACGUCUUAGCAAUGCAGAGUCAUCUUGGUUACGACUGACAGCUGGCUGUGCGCUCUUGAAAAUGUCUACUGAUCCUGUUGUGUGGAAGAAAGUCUCAAUACUUCACAUGGCUACAAUCAGUUCUCUCAUACUUGAUGAAAAUGAGAAUGUCUGUGUGCAGUUUGUUAGAAAGUUAUGUCAUCAUCUGGCUAACGAGAACUUCCCUGUUGAUUUCUUUGCUUUCUUUUCUUUGGUUGGCAUGGAGAAACGACAACAUCUUAGAGAUAAAUUUGAAGAUUAUUUCCAUGACUGUGUGAAAGCAAAGUGGGCAGAGAUUGGCAAGAUUUGUGGGAAUUCUAUAGGGAACAUGGAGAACUGUCCAGGCGCUGUCAACAAUAUUAUACCAGAAACCAGCAUUAAUGCUGUGAUUGCCUUACUGGCUUAUUAUCCGGAGUUAAAGGAUGUAAAUGAGAUGGUAAUAAAGAAAGAGAUUUGUGCUUGUCUUAAAUUCUUCUGGGGUCUGAUGCUUCUUCAUAAAUUCAGCACUGUACAUCCAUCAGUGAGCUCUUACAAGGAGUUUCUGGACAAAAUCAAGAGGAGUGUUAGCUCUAUUGACCCUGAUGAUGAACAAGCAACUGAGCGAUUGCGUGUGGUUGCCCUUCUGGCAGGUGCAACUCUACAAGGAGCAUGUCGACAAGUACACAGGUCUGGAACAGAGAAAGUCAUCAUCACACCAAACACCAAAUAUUAUUUAAUACGCUGACCACAAUGUCAAGUGGAAUAAGGUACAUUAUCAAAGUAUGGUGUGUCAUAUCAUAACAGGCAGUGUGAACAAUAUUAAAGAAAUAAUGAUAGGGUUAUUAUUAGGAGACUGUAAUUCUUAUUGUUGCUUCGGCCCAGUUGGAGAAAAAGAAAAAAAGAAAUGAUAAAGAAAAGCAAUGUAUUUUAUAACUUGCCUAUGUGACUGCAAAUAAUAGUAUUGUGUAUGUAUAGCAAUUACGGCCAGUGUAAACUGGAAGAUUCUGGAAAUAUCUUUUUGUCCCACAUAAAUAGCAUGCUACUGUGUAAUUAUAAUGAUGAAAAAGAGAGAUUUUUUUGGUUAUUAUUAUUUGUUUUGUGUGUGUGU